AAACACUUCCAUUCAAAGAAGGUGACUCAAAAUAAAAAAAAAGGAAAAAUUUCAAGGUUCUCCAAAACCCUCCCUCGCUUCUCUUCCUCGAAAAAUCUCAGCUUCCGUGUGGUUUUGUAUCUACAGAUCGAUCAGUCAAUCUCUUGAUUAGGUCGAUCUCUUCAUGGCUGGUCGCGGAUCGUAUGGACUGGGCCCUCGAUUAGAUAUUCAACAAUUAUUUAUAGAAGCACAACACCGAUGGUUGAGACCUGCUGAGAUUUGUGAAAUUCUUCGUAAUUAUCAAAAGUUCCAUAUUGCUCCAGAGCCUCCAAACAGGCCACCGAGUGGUUCUCUCUUUCUUUUUGAUCGGAAGGUUUUGAGGUACUUUAGAAAAGAUGGACAUAAUUGGAGGAAAAAAAAGGAUGGAAAGACCGUGAAGGAAGCUCAUGAGAAGCUGAAGGUUGGAAGUGUUGAUGUAUUGCACUGCUAUUAUGCCCAUGGAGAAGAUAAUGAGAACUUUCAAAGGCGCAGCUAUUGGAUGCUUGAACAGGAACUGAUGCACAUAGUUUUUGUCCACUACUUGGAAGUGAAGGGUAACAGGACAAAUAGCAGCCCUUCAAAUAGCUUAGCUGCAAGUUAUAACAAAGAGCCUUCAGGAAAUACAGAUUCAACAAGCCCAACUAGCACUCUUGCAUCCUUUUGUGAGGAUGCUGAUUCAGCGGAUAGUCAGCAAUCAAGUGCUGGACGCCACACUUUUCUUGAGUCACCACAAAUGCAGAGUAAUCCUGCAAUAGACAAAAUAAAUGCUGGUGUUUUGAGUUCAGAAUUUCUGCAUCAUGGCUCAGAUAAUCGAGAAGUUCGGUCAUCAAAUCCUGUAUCAGGUUCAGUCUCCUAUGUUCACAGAGAUGGACCUGGAGCUAAUGGUGGUACUUGCAUUACUGAAUCUGAGAGCUUGGCCUCCUGGGAGGAGGUCUUGGAACAAUAUGCAGUGGGAAACAAAAAUGCAGCUUCCAAUUUAUCAGUGACUUCCAAUCACUCUAAUCCUACUGGUAUUGGAAGGAAUGAGAUUUUCAGUGAGAUUUUAGCUGGUGGGGGUGCUGCUAAAGAUGAGCUCAGUGGUUCUUUGACAAUGGAAUCGCAUUGGCAGAUUCCUUUCGAGAACAGUUCCUUGCACUUGCCAGAGGGCUCUCUUGACCAGACACUAGAUUUGGAAUUUGCGUACAAUUUGGAUCCUAGGUUUUUUGAUCAAAGAGCUCAUAAUGUGGAUCUUCAAAAUGCAUUUGAUGAAAUUUUCUCUUGUGCUGUUCAGCAUAAUGAAGAACUUGUGCAGAACAACCUUCAAAUGCAGCUUGCAAAUUCAGAACCACAUCUCAGUAUGCAGACAAAAUCUGAGAAUGAAAUUUCUGUGGGAGAAAAUAAUAUAUAUGCUUUUAAACCAGCAUUAUUAGGUGGAGAAGAGGGCUUGAAAAAAGUUGACAGCUUUUCUCGGUGGGUUACUAAAGAACUUGGAGAGGUGGAUGAUUUGCAUAUGCGGUCCUCAUCUGGUCUUUCAUGGAGCACUGUUGAAUGUGGAAAUGUGGUAACUGAAGAAUCAUUGAGCCCCUCUCUUUCACAAGACCAACUUUUCAGCAUAAUUGAUUUUUCACCAAAGUGGGCAUAUGCAGACUCAAAAACAGAGGUUCAUAUUACUGGAACAUUUUUGAGGAGUCAGCAAGAGGUGGCAAAAUAUAACUGGUCUUGCAUGUUUGGGGAAGUUGAAGUACCUGCUGAGGUUUUGGCAGAUGGGAUUCUUUGCUGCUAUGCUCCGCCUCACAAUGUUGCAAGAGUUCCUUUUUAUGUUACAUGUUCCAACAGGUUGGCUUGUAGUGAAGUGCGAGAAUUUGAUUAUCAGGUGGGCUCUGCUCAAGAUGUAGAUGUCAAAGAAGUUUAUAGCGCUAGUAUCAAUGAUAUGCAUCUUCAUCUACGACUUGAGAGGUUAUUGUCUGUGAGAUCCUCUAGUGCUCCAGAUUGUCUCUCUGACGGUGCUAGAGCGAAGCAGAGGUUGGUCAGUGAGAUAAUUUUAUUGAGGGAGGAGGAUGAAGGAUGCCCAAUUGCAGAACCAACCCCUGAGAGACCUCUAUCCCAAGAUGAAAUAAAAUGGCAGGUCCUUCAGAAGGCAAUGCAAGAGAAGUUGUAUUCAUGGCUUCUUCAUAUGGUAGCUGAAAAUGACAAAGGGCCAAGUGUCUUGGAUGAUGAGGGGCAAGGUGCACUACAUUUAGUAGCUGCUCUUGGUUAUGACUGGGCUAUAAAACCAAGCAUAACUGCUGGAGUCCCUAUCAAUUUCCGUGAUGUGAAUGGAUGGACAGCUCUCCAUUGGGCUGCAUUUUAUGGCAGAGAGCAGACAGUUGCUGCCCUUGUCUUGUUGGGUGCAGAUACUCGCGUAUUGACAGAUCCAUCUCCAGAAUUUCCUUUGGGUAGAACUCCGGCAGACCUUGCUUCAGGCAAUGGACACAAAGGAAUCUCUGGCUUCCUUGCAGAGUCAGCUUUGACGAGCUACCUACAAUUGCUCACUCUAAAUGAUCCAAAGGAAGGUGUUGCGCCAGAUGUCUCAGGAAUGACUGCUGUGCAAACAAUUGCAGAGCGGAUGGCUACCCCUGUGAAUGAAACUGAUGUGCCUAAUUUGCUACCACUGAAGGAUUCCCUGACUGCUAUUCGGAAUGCCACGCAAGCAGCUAAUCGUAUACAUCAAGUAUUCAGGAUGCAGUCAUUCCAGCGGAAACAGUUAACUGAGAGUGGUGGUGAUGGAUCCAAUAUAUUUGAUGAGCGAGCUCUUGCACUUAUAGCUGGCAAGACAAACAAGCCUUCUGAUGGACUAGCCAAUGCUGCAGCUAUCCAGAUCCAGAAGAAGUUCCGUGGUUGGAAGAAGAGAAAAGAAUUCCUGAUAAUUCGGCAAAGAAUUGUUAAAUUACAGGCCCAUGUAAGGGGACACCAGGUAAGGAAGCAAUAUAGAACAAUCAUCUGGUCAGUUGGAAUUUUGGAGAAGGUUAUCUUGCGUUGGAGACGUAAAGGAAGUGGUCUGCGGGGAUUCCGUCGAGAUGCACUUACUAAGGAUUCUAAUGUGCAAUGUGUGCCUGCGCCUGCACCUCCGCCUCCGCCUCCAAAGGAGGACGAAUAUGAUUUUCUGAAGGAAGGAAGGAAACAAAAUGAGGAGAGGCAGCAAAAAGCACUAUCCAGGGUGAAAUCCAUGUAUCAUUGUGAGGAAGGACAAGCUCAAUACAGGAGGCUGCUGACUUACUUUGAACAACUCCGGGAAACUACGGAAUCUGAAAUGGUAGUGAGCAGUCCUAGUGAAAUGAGGUAUGGUGAUGAAGAACUUUUUGAUUCACUUUUAGACGACGACACUUUCAUGUCAAUAGCAUUUGAGUGAACUUGAUAUUCCUCACCUGUAGAUAGAUGAAAUGCCCUAACUCUUAUGCCUGGUAUUUAUGUAAAUAUCUAACCGAUGUAGAAACUAGUACCUCUUUGAUAAGAGCGUUUGUAUACUUAGUGUGGACAAGCAAGCAGAUCGCUUCUCGGGUUCUUCUGAAGAUGCUGCUUUUUAAUUCUCGAUGAGGGCAUUAGUCUAUUUGUUUUAUUAGAAAGACAAUACUUGUAAUAAUUUAUUGUUUGUAAGAGUGAUUUGUAGCAUUUGAUUUUA